AUGCCGAGGACGGCGUUACCACAGACAAAGCCGAACAAGGUCGUGGUUAUCGGCGGAGGUGCUACGGGUCUAGCGGCCCUUCGAUCUCUGGUUCAAGCCGAACCAGGGUCUGAGAAGGGUCCUUUUGAUGAAGUAUUGUUGUUCGAGCGGCGAAAAGAUGUCGGCGGGGUAUGGUACCUGGAUCCCGGCGUCGCAGACAUCGAACAGUCGCUUCCAGCAGGUCAUUCGGACGGUGUCUGGCCUAUCCGCUCACCUUCCACCGACGCCUUGUACUGGCCCUCUCCUGCCUACACCAACCUCCGCGGCAACGUCCUCCCGCGUUUCCUCACCUACUCAGGCCACCCGUUCCCUCCGCUUGCAGAGGGAGAGACCUUCCCCUCGCUCCUGGAGACGCACGAGUACCUUGCAAGUUUCGCAAAGCCGCUGCGCCCGCACAUCCGGUGUAACAUCGAGGUGCAGGGGGUGUGGGAGCUCCCGCCGACAGAGACUAACAAGCCUGGAGGGUGGCGCGUGAAUUACCGAGACUGGAAUCGCGGUGGUGAGGUCGUCGAAUCGCACUGGGACGCGGUUGUGGUCGCGACCGGCUGGUAUGACUGGCCGGUAUAUCCCCCCGUUCCCGGUAUCAAAGAAGCCGCCAAGGCCGGACGCGUGCACCACACCCGCUGGUACCGCGGCCCUGCCCCGUACGCGCACAAACGCGUCGUCGUCGUCGGCAACGGCAACAGCGCCAACGAAGCCGCGGCGCACAUCGCCGCCCAGCGCGUCCUGGGUCAAGACGAGCCCGUGUACCGCUCGAUCCGGACGGCGCAGUCGCACAUGUUCGUGUCCCUUCCGGACGAACGGAUCAAGGACGUCCCCGUCAUCAAACGGUACGAGAUGCCGACCGCGGACCGGCUCGACCUCGUGCUGGACGACGACAGCGUGAUCGAGAACGUCGACUACGUCCUCCUCGGCACUGGGUACCACAUCGGGCGUAUACCCUGGGUUCACGUACUCCAGAACGACGGCGCGGGUCCGUCGCACGAGCCUAUCUCACCCGCGCCUCCCCCGAUCGGCGAGCCGGUACCACCCUUAUCCGAGGAAGAUUGGCCGCCACGUAUCAAAGGCCUGUGGGCGCACAGCAUUCUGGCUCGUAACCCGACGCUCGCGUUCAUCGGCCUGCCCGUCAGCUUCACGCCCUUCCCGCUCGCGGACCUCAUGGGUUGGCUCGUACGCAGCGUCUGGGACGGUUCGUACUCCAUCCCUGAGGGCCUCGAGGCGCGGCUAGCGGAGGAGCGCGAGCGCAUCGAGUUGAUCAAGAACCGACGCGAUCAGCUGCCUUCCGUCCAAGCUGCGCAGCGGGAGAGGUGGCUGAAGGCUCGCGAUGCGGGGGACCCGGAGGCGCUGAAGAAGGCGGCACCGGAUGCGGCGCCGAUCGCCGCGGCGUAUCACCUCCUCGCGCAGAAUGGGGACGAGAUCGAGCACGCGAAGGUGACGCGUCGGCGGGUGAUCAGCGCGAAGCCGUGGCUGGAUCAGCAGCUUACGCGUUGGGACGACGAGGAGAGAGAGCGGGCGAGGGCGGGUAUGUACCAGCUCAGACUGCGUCUCAUGCUCGAGAAAGCGGCGAAAGAGAAGCAACAGGUUUGA